AUGGGUCAAACAGUUUCCUCAAUAUUGAAAGAAGUUAAAGAUGAUGAAAAUAUGACAACAUUUUUAGAGAGAAGGAAUAAAGCAACAUCUCCUUAUUACGAUUCAUACAACACAAGAAAAGCAUCAUUCACAACAAAUCCUCAAGGAACGACUGCAUCUUCUAUAAACCAUUCUUUGAAUAUGGGACAAAAAUUAUCUUCAAACUCUCUUGAUGAAAUAACAACUCGAUUCAAUCAGAUGAAUUUUGAGAAGGAGGAGGAGGAAGAAAAAAAAUUUUAUCUUACCCGUCGUCAGUACACCUUCGGAGAUGCAUUAUCUGCAGGAAAAAUCCAAAAGGAAACAACUUACAAUGGAUCAGGAAGCCAAUGUAAAAUAGUUUUUGUCAAAGAAAGUUUUCCUUCUCUCCCUCAAUCUGAAAAAAGAACAACUUUGGAAAAGAAGGAAGAAACUGCACCUUUUCUCCAACCAUACAAUGUUGUAGCCCAAACUGGAAAGAAGAAAGAAACUAUUCCUUUUAUCCAACCGUACAACACUGUGGCCCAAUCUGAAAAGAAGGAAGAAACAACUCCUUUUCUUCAACCAUACAAUACCUUCGCCCAGAGGACAACUUCCUUGAUGUCAGAAGGAACAAUUUUUCCUCUCUAUCGAUCCUCGUAUAAAAGAUAUGAAUCGAUGACAACUAAAGAGAAACAAGAAAAGAAAGGACGAGAUAUUUUAAAAAUCCUACAUCAUUUAGUCUCAAUACUAAGAGAUAAUAACAAAGGCGAAAUUUAUGGUUUUUGGCAGUGCGAAAUACGUGAAAAUGACGAUCCUGAAUCUGAGGAAAAGCUUUCGUUGGAUCACCUUCAAAAGUGCUUAAAGAACACCCCUAAAGGUAUCUAUGAUAUUUUCAAUAAGAAUUGUAAUGCCUGUAAAAAAGAACAUCUGAUUACAAGCUUCCGCAAAUAUAUACGACCAAUAUAUUUAAAUGACGGACCCGACCUCGAGAUCAUCUGUCACUUGUUAUGGAAUGAUCAUUACCGGGUAUAUGGCGAAUUUAAGUGUCCAAAUUGCUGGAAAAAAUGGAGAAGCGCUUAUAUUUGGAUAUCAUUCCGAAAAUUUAUUGAGAAAAUUCCAGGACCGCGAUUAUGUAAGGAUGAAUAUUAUAUGCAAAAUUGUAAAAAAUGCAAAGCAGGCGAAAACGAUGAUAGCUUCAUCUUGCAUUAUGAGCCUUUACAAACUUCAGGCAGCGUAAAACCUCAUAAGAGAGAGUUAUGUGCAAAGUGCCAAAAUCGAGAAUACUGUAGACAAACCGGCGACUACUUGGGGAAAAAUCAUUAA